GGCUUGGUGUGGGUAAGAUGGUGGUGCGGGGCCAGGCGGGCAGCCAUGCGGUUGUGGUGGGUACUGUGGCAGGUACUGCGGCUGAUGUGGUGGAGUUGCGGCUGCUGGAGGAGGGAUGCUGUGAGGGGCAUAACCCUGCGGGCUUGGAUAGCUUGGAUAGGCCGGUGCCUGUGGCGGCUGAAAACCUGGUGGCGGCUGCGCGGGAGCAUGUUGUGGGGGCGGCUGGUAUGCCGGAUGCGGCAUUGCUGGAGGUGGUUGCUGCUGCAACGGCGGAUGGAUGGGUGGUGGGUAUUGCUGUGGCGGAUAUUGAGGCUGCGCCUGGUGGGGAUGUGGCGGCGGGUGUGUGGGUGGAUGAGGGUGAGGAGUUGGGUAUUGGGGGUGUGCGUACUGUGGCUGUGCUGGUGGUGCAUGCACCGGCGGGGGGUAUGUUGCUCCUGGUGGUGGAUGUGCAUGUGGCGGAUGUGGCGGUGGUGGCCAGGCGGCAGGAUGCGGAUGCAGGAUCGGUGGACCUCUCGCAGGAGCCGGAGGAUCUGCGGCUGCCUCCCGCUCCGACGACCUUUGCCACAGCAAACAACGAGUCGACAGCCCGGGACACGGUGAAGCCACUGCUAACUGUUCCAGGGCUUCACGCGGGGACCGUCUCCGUGUCGGGGCAUCGCCGCGUCGGUGGAUCAGGUGUUUCAAACCGAAAGUACCUCUGCUGCGGGUCGGAGAUAGUCUUUGGCGGCCUUUAG